CCCUAUUUCACAAUCGCGCACCGCUCCGCGUAAUAAAUAAGAACGUUUUCAGCCAAAAUCAUUUGCAAGAAAAACCGAGAAAAUUCCAAACGAAACACGGUGUGCGAGGCGGCAACUUUCGGUGUCCGUUCGAAAUAUACACAAUAUUUCGAGACCAAAAUUGUGUCAGUGUAAAGUGCUUGGAGGCGGUGGCCACGCAAUCCGGGCGACCGAUCGUUGGAUAACCUAGCGCGAAAACCGUAAAACCGCCGUAGUCAUGGCGUUCCGGCUGCUUAGCUCAGCCAAAACGAUGGCCGGAAUGAUGCGGCGCAACUAUACGGCAGGUUCGCUAACGGGAAAGGUACAACGCACAUCCCCGACAGGUGCGACGGGUGUCGGUGUUUACAUACUGCCCAUGGAGCUAUCUCCCCUGCUCCGCUAUGUCGUCAAACAAAUCCAGCUGCUCUGCAAGAAGCCCCCAAAGGGUUUCGAGAAAUAUUUCGAAGCCGGUGGCAAGACCUCUGGCCAACCGAAAGGAACUGCCGGCGACAAGAAGUCCCCUUCGGGCUCAAGUAAAUCCGCCUCGGAGAAGCCCAGCACAUCGUCACCCGCCUCGGCUAAUCCCUCCCGAUCCCAAGCUGAAUCCAAAUCGGACUGGAAUUUCGGCAUGUUCAGUAAUAGCUCCAGGGGACCGGCGGGAAGGACAGGCAGUACGCCGGGAGGAAGGCCUUUAGGAGAGUCCGGUGGCGGCGGGGAUAGGGAGCGGUGGAUCCUUUUAGGCGCCAUCGGAGCCGUGGUUCUGGUAGGUUCGUUUGCCUUCUUCGAAAUGGGCUACAAGGAGAUCUCAUGGAAGGAGUUCGUCAAUAGCUACCUAUCGAAGGGCGUAGUGGAAAAGCUGGAGGUGGUCAACAAGAAAUGGGUGCGCGUGCGUCUUCAGCAGAACAGCAACAGCGGUAGUGGUGUCUUGUGGUUCAACAUUGGCAGUGUGGAUAGCUUCGAGCGGAAUCUUGAGACAGCCCAGACGGAGCAGGGAACGGAGUCCAUUAACUUUGUGCCCGUGAUCUACCGCAACGAGGUGGAAGCUGCCAGUUUAACGGGUUUGCUGCCCACACUGCUUAUCAUCGGCUUUUUGGUUUAUAUGAUGCGCAAGUCGGCGGAUAUGAUGGGUGGUGGCCGAGGACGUAAGGGUGGCGGCCUCUUUGGAGGCGUCAUGCAGUCCACCGCUAAGUUGACCAAUCCCACCGAGAUUGGAGUGGGUUUCAAGGAUGUUGCCGGUUGCGAGGAGGCCAAGAUCGAGAUCAUGGAGUUCGUGAACUUCCUGAAGAACCCGCAGCAGUAUAUAGAUCUCGGCGCCAAGAUACCAAAGGGGGCCAUGCUAACCGGCCCACCCGGCACGGGUAAAACGCUUCUGGCCAAGGCCACCGCCGGCGAAGCUAAUGUGCCCUUCAUAACCGUGUCCGGCUCAGAGUUUCUCGAGAUGUUUGUGGGCGUGGGACCUUCGCGUGUUCGUGACAUGUUCGCCAUGGCCCGCAAGCAUGCACCCUGCAUCCUAUUUAUUGACGAAAUCGACGCUGUGGGUCGGAAACGUGGAGGAAAGACCUUCGGCGGCCACUCUGAGCAGGAGAAUACCCUCAACCAACUUCUGGUUGAGAUGGAUGGUUUUAAUACAACAACGAAUGUGGUGGUGCUGGCGGCCACUAACCGUGUAGAUAUUCUCGACAAGGCCCUUAUGCGGCCGGGUCGCUUCGAUCGACAGAUUUAUGUCCCAGCUCCGGACAUUAAGGGCCGGGCGAGCAUCUUCAAGGUGCAUCUGGGCAACCUGAAGACAUCGCUAGACAAGAAUGAGCUGAGCAGGAAGAUGGCGGCUCUGACGCCUGGUUUCACAGGUGCCGAUAUAGCCAACGUGUGUAAUGAAGCUGCUUUGAUCGCUGCCCGCGACUCCAAGGAUUCGAUUAUUCUGAAGCACUUUGAGCAGGCCAUUGAACGUGUCAUUGCUGGCAUGGAGAAGAAGACCAAUGUCCUGGCCCCAGAGGAAAAGCGAACGGUGGCACACCACGAAGCUGGCCAUGCAGUGGCCGGUUGGUUCCUGGAGCACGCUGAUCCCCUGCUUAAGGUAUCAAUAAUCCCUCGCGGUAAAGGUCUUGGCUACGCCCAGUAUCUGCCUAAAGAUCACUAUUUGCUGUCCAAGGAGCAGCUGUUCGAUCGCAUGUGCAUGACCCUCGGUGGCCGUGUGGCCGAAGAGCUGUUCUUCAAUCGCAUUACCACUGGUGCUCAGGAUGAUUUGAAGAAGAUCACCGACAUUGCCUACUCCCAGGUGGUGCGUUUCGGCAUGAACGAGAAGGUCGGACAGGUUAGCUUCGAUGUGGGCCAGGCUGGUGAUCCGGUCUUCAGCAAGCCCUACUCAGAAGACACUGCCCAGCUAAUCGACGGCGAGGUGCGGUCUAUUAUCAAGUGCGCCCAUGAGGCCACCACUAGUCUCUUGACCAAGCACAAAGAGGAUGUGCAAAAAGUGGCGGAAAGACUGCUGCAAAACGAGGUUCUCAGUCGCGAUGAUAUGAUCGAGCUGCUGGGACCCCGACCAUUCAAGGAGAAGUCCACCUACGAGGAGUUCGUUGAGGGUACCGGCUCCUUUGAAGAGGACACCACUCUGCCCGAAGGCCUUAAAAGCUGGAACAAGGAAAAGGAGCGCCCAGAGCCCCUAGACUCUGGCACGCCCACUCCACCGCCCACCAAACCAGUAACUGCCCAGAGCAGUUAGGCCAGGUCUUUGAUGGUCAUGGUCUUGGGUGGAUGGGGAGUUUUGGUGAGGUAGUUCGAGGGUGCCGACAUCUCUUUGUUUUUGUUGUAGUCCCUCAACGCGGAACGGAGAAAACCCCGACCUGUGGCACAUUGAGAGGGCUCAAGGAGUUCCUAGACCUUCUGGAGUACCAGUUCUCCACGACGCGUUCAUCAUUGUUUUUGAAUAUUUUUAAGAUAGCCCCAUGGAUACCUCGUUCCAGUGUUGAGCAAAUAAGCGCUAGCCCGUACUAAAUUUCCCGUAUGCCGUAUUUUCAAACCUGUUAGUGUGGGAAAACGAAAUUAAACGAUGUUUUGAAGUCGAA